AAUAUGAUAAUAUAAUCAUUUUUAACUGCAACAUAUGCAAGAACUCUUGCUAGCUCGCCCUCCCUGCGAACGCAAAGCUCUUUGGUAACUCCAACCUCUACCCCAGAUCUGCAAACGAAAUCGAAAAUCCAAACCAAAGAAUCAACAAUGGCGGCAGCACCAGACCAUUUGUUCAAUCUCCGGAACAACUUCUUCUUAGGAGCUUUCCAAGCAGCCAUCAACAACAGCGACGUCCCCAAUCUCUCCCCCGAUGACGCCGUGGAGCGCGACUGCCUCGUCUACCGCUCCUACAUCGCCCUCGGCAGCUACCAGCUCGUCAUCAACGAGAUCGACGACUCCGCGGCUCCCCCUCUCCAAGCCGUGAAAUUGCUCGCCCUCUAUCUCUCCACCCCCGAUAACAAGGAAUCGACUAUCUCGAGUCUGAAGGAGUGGUUAGCGGAUCCGGCGAUUGCGAAUAACGCGAUCUUGAGGUUGAUUGCUGGGAUCAUAUUCAUGCAUGAGCAGGACUACAAUGAGGCUCUGAAGCACACAAAUGCUGGAGGCACCAUGGAACUGCACUCCUUGAAUGUUCAGAUCUUCCUCAAAAUGCAUAGGUCUGAUUAUGCAGAGAGACAACUUAGGGUCAUGCAACAGAUUGAUGAGGACCACACACUAACUCAACUUGCUAAUGCAUGGUUGAAUUUGUCAGUGGGUGGUUCCAAGAUACAGGAAGCAUAUCUCAUCUUCCAAGAUUUCUCAGAGAAGUAUCAGAUGACAAGUUUAAUCCUAAAUGGGAAGGCUGUUUGCUGUAUGCACAUGGGAAACUUUGAUGAAGCAGAAACACUGUUGCUUGACGCAUUAAACAAGGAUGCAAAGGAUCCAGAAACUUUAGCCAAUCUGGUUGUAUGCUGUCUUCACCUUGGUAAACCGUCUUCCCGUUUUCUCAGCCAGUUGAAAAUUUCACACCCAGACCACGUGCUCGUCAAACGCUCAUCGAGCGCAGAAGAAAGCUUUGACCGAGCUAUUCAAUCAGUUGCUUGAUGACCUCUUGUUGGGCAAACAGGUGAAUGAAUGGUGUUGCUCUAUAUUUAGACAUUUCCCUUGUCAUGAUGGAUAUUUUUAUUGGUUUCUGUAAGGUAGGAGAGAACAUAUAAACUGAUUGCAAAAGAUGUAUUUGGCGACAUAAAAGAGUUUUGGAGUUCAUAUACUAAUUUCACUUUUUGGGGUGCACAAUUGUUCGAUGACACAGGUUAUCAUAUAUUGAACGUUAUGAGGAAUUUAAUUCAUUUUGGGGGCU